CAAUUAAGCGAGUCCAGCUUCAGCCACGAGGACUACCAGCUCCACGCUACCUGUGACGCGCACGCGAAAGCACACCAGAAUGAUCUUGUCGCCGACAGUGGCAGCUUUUACUUGGAGGGACAGCGGACGACGGCGACGCGCCAUAGCACGGCGAGGUUUGUAACCGACUGGCGGAAUACCAGCGCCAAUACUCCUCGGGAGUCACCGGAAAUGCCGCCAAGAAAGACGAAUAUAACACGCAACACAUGAAGCCAAGUCUCCAGCAUACAGGACCAGCUCCCUGCGACGGGAGAGCCCCUAAUCACAUUCAUGCACUUCUCUUACCCUGCACAAAGACGGGCGAGACGCCUGUCUGCAAGCUACAGGAGCAUCUGGAGGUCUGCAACGACCUCCUUCGGAACAUACACCUCCAGCUGAGAGAAGACGAAGACGACGUCGGUGAACUGCACCUCGUUCGCACUUCACAAACGUGGCCGAAACGCGCCUGGCGGGCGCUCGACGAGUCCGAUGUCCGCACUCGCGCCGCACUAUCGCUCUUAAAUCGGCUUCUGGUGCUGCACCGAUGCGUCGUGUCCUUAGAAGUGGACGGCAACGUCGCCGUACACGACGGCUUCCUUCGAGCCCUGGAACGCAGUACGAGCGUCAUGAGCCUGGUCGUUUACGACUUCUACAGAAGUUCCUCACGCGAACCGGACCUCAGCGAACGCUGCUUGAGUGUCGUCGCUUCCCUGCCACAAAUCGAGAAGAUCGCGUUUCGAAACACAAGCGGCCUUCCCAAACACUGCGCACUGUCACCCGCGUUCCGCAUAGACCGAACUCGGGGUACUGGACUCAGGGUGCUGGACGUCGCGGACCUGAGAUUCAGCCUGUCGGACGCCAUCAACUUGGUCUCGAUGCUCAUUAGCAACGACACCGUAACAGAUCUAGCCGUCGGAACUUCCGUGUUCACGCUCACCAGCACGGAAUCAUCAGCGGGCUUCGUCGACUUCUUGGCCAAUGCGCGCAGGAGGUUGCGAAAGUUGUGCCUCAAGUGCAUCGACUUCUGUAGCACGGCCCAGUUGGAGAAGCUGGUCGACGCCGUCGCUGCCGUCGCGACGCUCGAGGAGUUCCUCGUAGACAUGGCCAUCCACGGGAGUGAAGGCACCGCCAUAUUUGCGGACGUGGUCGCUCGCAACGCUUCCCUGCGCUGUUUGAGCGUGACCCUGCCCAAGUGGUGGGACGUCCCUACCUUCAACGACCACAUCAGCGUUGAACCACACCACCGCGACGAUAGAAUCCGUCGUUGGGCCUCCGCGUUGAGAAACAACUCUACUCUGAUGGACUUCACUGUAGACAUGCUCGGAUGCGGGGAGGUAGAAUGUCGCGACUUUUUUCGCGCGUUAGUCACAAGUACGGGACUGCGACGCGUGACAGUGCUGCGUCUUCUUGACGGGCGCUGCGUGAACGCUAUCUGUCGCACCAUCAGAGAUAGCAAUUUAGCUGGAAGAGUCAUUAUCAGGGGUCACGAACUCAGCACGAGUAACAUUUCGGAACUGCCCGAAUGCGCCGAGGUGGUGUCUGUCUCCUUGAAUGGCUCUUCACCGACUGACGCUUACAACAUCUGCAGGGCAUUGCCUAUUCUGGCCUCGUGUGUCCACAUCAGUACCCUCUGCAUCAACCUAAGUUUUGAUUCCUUCAAUAGCUCCUUGUACGCCGCCCUGUCUUCGUAUAUAAGAGCGGCCAACAAGCUCAGAGAUCUCCAGCUGCACAUUGCCUGCGAAUCGUAUUCUUCAGCUGGCGAGAAGCUCCUGGACAGUGUUGCGUCAUCUGGCAUCACUUUUAGAAGUUUCACAUACGAUGGCCCACAGAUAGGGAAGGAACACUGCCGCUUACUUUCGGCAGCAAUCCAUCGCAGUCGAACGCUGCAAGAAUUGUCAUUUUCGACAGAUUGCACAGUAGCAACUAACGGACGUUUUCUGCGUUACUUUGCACCGAUGGCAACCGAAAACUACCGCCUGCUUCGUGUCUCUCUCGAGGCCUACGAUCAAAGUGACAGCGACAUGAAGCUCGUGGCUGAGGUUGCCAGACGCAACUCCAGUCUCGUGACGCGAGCCGCCUGCUUCGUGAUGGGGAACAGGACCAACUAUUGCGCACGCGCAAUCGAGUUCGUCUCGGAGCACGCAGGACUUGUAGAGUUGGUGCAAAAGAAAGCGUCCGUCGAUGAAAGCCGGGCAAAAGAAAUGGUCCGGCGUGCUCUCGCCAGCAUGACCUCAUUGAAAGAAUACAUGAAGGCGGCCGGCGUUGUCAAGGAAGGGGUGGAGUGUAUCGUUCAACCGAAUGGCCAAAUUCAAAUAGACCAACUCAAUGAGUACUGCUGGCGCCAUAUCAGGCAGUAUGUCAAGGUAGCUGACAUAGUACAAAUUUGACAUGGGCGGUGACCACAAUACCCGUGAAACAAAGAUGUGCACGGCAUGCAAGCUUUCCCACACAAAGCAGUGACUUGGAUUAUAAAGCCCGACACGAUAACUACCCGUGUGUGUUUGACCGAUGACACCAUUACGUGAAGAAUGACCUUGAACGAUAUCGUUGCAAAGUGAAUUGCCCCAUC